GGCGAUUGAGAGGCGAUUGAGAGGAGUGGAAGUGCGGGCCUCGAACUCGAGAAUUGUGGCCGAUGCGAGCCCGGUCUCCAUGAGUUCAGGAACCUCAGGAGGGCCGGGAGGUCCUCCUGGCCCUUCCACGGCCGACCUGCCUCACAAUAGCCACGGCCCCAACAUCCUCGCGGCAUGCUUCGUGACGUGGACCAUCGCCCUCAUCUUCGUGCUGCUGCGCUUCUGGACCCGCACCAAGAUCGUGCGCCUCCUCGGCCCGGCCGACUGGUGCAUCGCCUCGUCCUUAGUAGUGGCCGCCGGCUUGUGCGCCAGUUAUGUAGUGCAAGUCAACCUCGCCCUGGGCAAGCAUGUCUGGGACGUAGACUUGCGGACCGAUUACGUCCCGAUGAUGCAGGCAUGGUGGUUCUCUCUGCUCCUCUACAUUAUUACCUUGUCUCUGACCAAGAUAUCCAUCUGCCUGCUCUACCUCAAAAUCUUCACCUUUGAGUCGGCCAGGCGAGCCUCCUGGCUUGUGCUGUUUAUUGUCGUCAUAACAAGCCUCUGGGCUGUCGCCAUCACCCUCACGUACUGCAUCCCCCUGCAGGCGACCUGGGAUCCCACCGUCGUCGCCUCCUUCUGCCAGCCCCAGUCCGCCUGGUGGGCUAACACAGGCAUCGUGAUUGCGACCGAUUUAAUCAUCUUCAUCUUGCCCAUUCCAAUCGUCGCCCCACUCAAUCUCCCCCGCCGCCAGAAACUCGUCGUCGUCGGUGUCUUUACAAUUGGCUUUUUCGUGUGCAUCGUCUCCCUCGUCCGCCUCGUCAUCCUGAUCCAGGCCAAGGGCUCGACCGACCCGGACUUCACCUACACGCCCGCCGCGCUGAGCUACCUGACCGCGCUCGAGGUGCACACCGCCAUCGUCGUCUCCUGCGCCAUGACCCUCCGGCCCCUCGUCGACCGCUUCUUCCCCGGCUUGCUCGCCCCCGCCGGCGGUAUCGGCGGCGGCGGCGGCGCCGGCUCCGGCCAGAGCAGCACUGCCGGCGGCGUCAGCAUGCGCGGCGGCGGCCGGCACCAGCAGCCGCCCCUGACGGUCGGGUCGCGCCCCUCGAGACGGAACCCGCUGCGGUCGUGGACUGGGACGGCGCACGAGGACGAGGCGGCGGCGGCGGCGGUGGUGGUGUUGGAGGACGCGGCGGGCGGCAACGAAGGAACUGCCGAGGGUGGUGGUCAGCGUGGUGGUCAGCGUGGUAGCGAGGAUCGGGAUCUCGAAAACGGCAUGGCUCAACUACCUGGCGGAGAGACGACGUUGGCCCCCCACGAAGCGUCCGCCAGCCCGUGGCUCAAAAGCGACGCGUCGUCGGAGAGGACCGAGGAUAUGGGGGUGGAGGCGAAGGCCAGGUCGCUGAACUGAAAGCCGCGGUGACGAUGUUUCGAAUUGUGCUUCUGUGGCUUUUUUUUUUUUUUUCCUUUUUCGCUGCUUUGGAAUUCCCGCCUCCCUGUUGGCGUUUGGGAUGUGGAAAAUCGUUGUGUUAACGGAAAGCCUGGAAGCAUGGUGAAUUAGACUGGAAGCUGGGAAUUGGAAGGAAUAAUUAGGGGAUCGGGCAUUGAUACUGGCUCCGGCUUGGAUAUCCCAAGCAUGGUUGGGCCAUUAGGUUGAUGGGACAACUUACAGGGGAAGGGGAUCUGAGUGCGGGAGAGAUCGCCGGGCCAGAUAAGGCAAUUUGUCUGCAUUGGGCAGCGCAAUGACUGAUGUACAACUGAACUUUACAUUAAUCACAGCUAUAAUACGUGU